AUGCGGACCUUGGCCGAGCUCAAGUCGGCUUCAGUCGUUCAGCCCGACAACAGAUAUGGCAUCAAGUCUUAUCUCGCACAGGCUCGCAAGCUCUCCGACGAGGCAGAGGCGCUCGAGCACAAGGGUGACGCCGAGUCUGCCUACUUGGCACUUAGACGAUGGGCUGGCGUCAUGAGUGUCAUCAACCAGCACCCCGAGCAUCCCACUAUGCGCAAGCUCAAAGGUCCAGAGUACAUGCUCUUCAUGGAUCUCUCCCAGCGAGUGCAUUCAGCCGGCCAAAAGAUGAACACUCUCGCGCGGGCACUUCAGGCAAGAGACGAGGAAGCAAGAGCCAGCACGAGCAGUCCGCAUGAUUUGCCAUCGUUGGCGCAUUCGAACGGCACAACCUCUAUCGCCUCGUCCGCAUUACACGACUUCACGCCGCCUUUGACGCCCUCGAAGCGUGCAGCACAACCGGCCUCACCAGCCGGGUCUGCCGCCGAGUCUGCACCUCCGAGUACGAUCCGAGAGCGCCUACUUGCUCUACGAAACGCGGGACUCGACACAGGCGCGCAGCCGCAAGAAGGCCUGGCAGGCGCUCAUCACACGCGGCCGGGCGCUGCCAGGCAAACGACGCACGUAGCUUCGUCCCGGCCAGCACCUCCGCCACAUCUGCCACUCGGCGCAACGUCGCCAGUGAGCGAGAGACAGCAGGCCACCAAGCCGAUAGCUUUGCGAGCAGACGUUAAUGGCCAUCCAGGCACUGCAGCUCCCUCGCCGUUCAGAUCAGCCCCAGAGCUUCAGCAUGACGAAAGACCAGGAUCUGCGCCAGCGCAGCUGGAUUCUGAGCAUGACAAGCAGCCAGAGCCUGCCCCGUCUCCGACCGGGCACAUUCGACCGCAGCUAGAGUCGGACAAUUCGUAUACCCGGCUUGCAGCACUGCCCACGCCGAGCUACCAAGACUUUGAAAGCCACUUCCCAGCCGUUGAGAAAUUGUCAGAUCUGCCAGGAGUCCCACCCAGCAAGCCAGGCGCAUCGACUGUGCUAGGCCGACCUCCGACGCCGCCUGAUUUCAGCAGGCCUGUUGAGCCCAGUCGGCGCCUACUGCCUGUAAGCGAGCACGCGUAUGCGCCAGACAGCCUGGCAUUAGGAAGCUCUCGUCCGCCGCCUGCCUCAAGUCAGUCACCUCUUCAAUCGAUCGCGUCCAAAACGCACCCAACUGUUCCAAGCAUUGCUUUGCCUCGGGCAAACUCAAUCCUGCCGGCCCACCUAUGGCAGUACCUGGAGCCGACGCUCAAAACAAACGAGGCAACCACAGAUAGCUCCCUUUCUAUAUUACUGCUCGAUCUGCGGACCCGUCCAGAGUUCGAGGCGCGUAGGAUCGCGGGCAAGACGGUCUGCCUGGAGCCGGUCACGUUGCGCAACGAAAUCUCCUCACAAAGAUUAGAGUCCUCGCUCGUGCUAUCACCGGAGAUCGAGCGGGAUGCAUUCGCGAAGAGACACACUUUCGACCUAAUCAUCUUUUACGACCGUUCUUCUAGCAAGCUACCCGUCACACCGCCUGUGUCUGCAAGUACAUCGAUCGAUGACCCAGCCAGGAUCCUGUACAAUCUAUUGACAGCAGUCUACGAGCGCGAGUUUGCUCAUCCGCUGAAAAGGUCGCCUAUGCUACUCAUCGGUGGAUGGGAUGCUUGGCAGAGAGAGAUUGGCGAUCGAGGCACGGUUGGCGAGAAGCUUAACGAGCCUAGCAGACCCGCUCGGCCAGCACUUGGCAAUAUAGACAUCAACGCAGGCCGUCAACGUUCUGAAAGCCAGCCAUCUGCAAGGCUACCCGAAAGUGCAUACUUGCUGGGACCGGCGCCGACGGCAUCCGACGAAGCUGCUGUGAGCAUCAAUGGACGCGAGGCUGCGCUCUACAAGCAAGGCAAUUCUUCCGCGCGGUCCUCUGACAGCUCUUUUCAAGAUCUGGGCUACUUCAAGUCGCACGACGUCUCGAGCGGCUCCCUGUACGGUCAUCCGUCUGCGUCAUCGCCGAUUGCCAUCCCAGCUCUUGCUGCACAGCGUCAGGUUGUAGCACCAGCAUUUGAUGCUUUUGCUACGCCUACCUCGGCGUUACUUGACCAGUCAAGGCAGCCACGGGAGCUGAUCUAUGAUCGCCGGCCUAUAGACUAUCCUCAGAUCAACCGAACGGCUCUCAGCAUGCCGCAGCGACCACCGCUUGCUGCGAUCUCUUACAACGAGCCCAUGCGGCCGCAGCCAUCGCGCUCGAACACUGCGAGGACAUUUUCGUCCUUCAAUCAGAGUUCGUCCCAACUUUCUCCCAUCACGCCAGGUUGGACCGAUCGAGCGAUGAAUUCGAACUUUGGCGACGGGACAGUCGGCUUGACCGGCCUCAAGAAUAUGGGCAACACUUGCUACAUGAAUAGCACAAUACAGUGUUUGAGCGCUACGAUACCUCUCGCGCGCUUUUUCAAGGAUGGCAGCUACAGGCGCGCGAUCAACAGACAGAAUCCCAUGGGUACUCAAGGCGUCCUCGCCGACGCUGUCGGUGAGCUCAUCAAAGUUCUUUGGACCGAGACAUACAAUUUUGUUGCCCCGGUCUCCUUCAGGGAUGCCAUCUGUCGAUUCGCGCCACAAUUUCGCGGCACUGAUCAACACGACUCGCAAGAGUUCUUGGCGUUCUUGCUCGAUGGGCUGCAUGAGGAUCUCAAUUUUGUCGUGAAGAAACCGCGACCUGUCGAGAUGACGCCAGAGCGAGAGGCAGCGCUUGAAUCGCUGCCCACGCAGGUGGCUUCGGAGAAAGAGUGGCAAAUCUAUACUCGUCGAAACAACAGCGUUAUUGUCAACUGGUUCCAAGGACAGUACCGUAACAGGUUGCAGUGCCUCACUUGCGGCAAGACAUCGACGACCUACGACACCUUUAUGUAUCUGUCACUACCGUUGCCAAAUAAGUCGCGGUCAGAGGUCAGCCUACAGCAGUGCCUGGACGCAUUCGUCAAGGAGGAAGUGCUCGAGAAGAGCGAGGCAUGGAAUUGCCCUCGCUGCAAGACGCGAAGGAAGGCGACAAAGCGGCUAACACUAUCGCGCUUGCCUCCGAUCCUGCUGAUUCACUUCAAGCGGUUCUCAUUCAAGGGACCGUUCUCCGAGAGACUCGACACCGUUGUGCGAUACCCGCUCAGCAGUCUCGAUCUAACAAACUAUCUGCCCCCACCGCUACCGCCCGCAACUGCGAAUCUGUACAACGUGAAGCCAGAGACAGUCGGUCCGACUGCGAGCUCGAGCAGCUACCGAUACGACCUCUAUGCAGUCAGCAAUCAUUUUGGCAGCUUAAGCUCUGGCCACUACACUGCCUUUGUCAAGAACAACCGUGGCUGGUGGUCCAUUGGUGAUUCACGCGUCAGCAAGGCGAGUGAUUCAGAUGUCCAGCACGCCGGUAAGAGCGUCUAUAUCCUCUGCACUGUCACGCGAGGGAGUGCUGUCUUUUGGACCAGCUUGGUCACUCUUGAGGCGAUCUGUGCGAAUACACAGGCUGCGAAGAGCCGCGCCGAUCCUUGCCAUUCGCACGCUGCAGACUACUGCGAUAUGAGCGUUGCGUGCGCGCUUGCGUACGUCGAUGGACAUGCCGUCCAAGGCUGUCGCAGACCUUUGCGAGACCGAGGCUGA